UAAACCAACUCAGAAACGUUACAUGGUAUUUCUAUUGGUCUUUUCUCAGUCUUUGCGCAAACGCGCCUCAGCUGCUAAAAUACAAACAGAACAACCUCUCAGAGUCGUACAUCAAACUAGACCCACCAAUCUCUCUCUCUCUCUCUCUCUCUCUCUCUCUCUCUCUCUUUUUCUCUGUGUACCAAUCAGAGACCAUUAUUAACUCGUUUUCGACGACUCUCUUUCUCUUGGAACCAUCCCAGAAAAACUCUCACCCUCUGUUUGUGUUUCUCUCUUUGUUUAUAAAAGGUUCUUUUGGUCUCUGUUACUGGGUUCAAUCUGUCAAGGUCUCUGUGAGCUUCUUAAGUCAACCUGUCCAGCUCAAAACAAGGUACUUCUUUCUUCCUUGCCAAUUCCUGCAAGCAGCUGAUAUAUUUCCUUCACCAGUGUUGCUUCAUCUGUCAAAGUGCAAUGAACUUCAAGUUAGGGGUGGAGGUUGUGGCUGCCCAUGACCUUAUGCCCAAAGACGGGCAGGGCGCAUCCAGUGCAUUUGUGGAGCUCCACUUUGAUCACCAGAGAUUCCGAACAACAACAAAAGAAAGAGAUCUCAAUCCUGUUUGGAAUGAGACCUUCUACUUCAACAUCUCUGAUCCAAACAACAUCCCUAACCUCACUCUUGAAGCCUUUAUUUACCACCAUGGUAAAGCCAAUUCCAAAGCUUUCCUUGGAAAGGUUGUUCUGACUGGGACAUCAUUUGUCCCAUACUCUGAUGCUGUUGUUUUGCACUACCCUCUGGAGAAGAGAGGCAUUUUCUCACGCGUGAAAGGAGAGCUUGGUCUAAAAGUUUUUGUUACUGAUGACCCGUCUAUAAGAUCCUCAAAUCCACUGCCUGCAAUGGAUUCCUCUCUGGAUAAUGAUUCGCGCUCUACCCAUGUUCAAGCACAAUUGCAAAAAGUUCAAGAUGUUAUUCCAGACUCAUUCUCCAAUGACAAAGCUGAGUCGAGACGCACUUUUCAUCACCUUCCAAACCCGAACCUAGCACGGCAGCAGAACAUUCCUUCAGCGGCAAUCCAGCCACCAGUGAACUAUGGGAUGCAGGAAAUGAGGUCUGAACCACAGGCUCCUAAAGUUGUUCGCAUGUAUUCAGGUUCAUCAUCUCAAGCGCCUGAUUAUUCGCUUAAAGAGACAAGUCCUUACCUUGGAGGGGGGCAAAUUGUUGGAGGGCGAGUUAUACGUGCAGACAGGCCAUCCGGCACCUAUGACCUUGUUCAAAAGAUGCAAUACCUAUUUGUUCGAGUUGUGAAGGCCCGUGACCUUCCUCACAUGGAUGUAACAGGGAGCCUUGACCCAUAUGUUGAAGUUAGAAUUGGGAACUACAAAGGAACUACAAGGCAUUUUGAGAAAAAGCAGAACCCUGAAUGGAAUGAGGUAUUUGCUUUUGCAAAGGAGAAUGAGCAAUCAUCUGUUUUGGACGUUGUGGUCAAAGACAAGGAUCUUUUAAAAGAUGACUUUGUUGGGUUAGUGCGGUUUGAUCUUCAUGAAGUUCCUACACGAGUUCCACCUGACAGUCCAUUGGCUCCAGAAUGGUAUCGGCUUGCAAAUAAGGAUGGGAAGAAGGAGAAAGGGGAACUGAUGCUUGCUGUAUGGUAUGGCACACAAGCUGAUGAGGCUUUUCCGGAUGCCUGGCAUUCUGAUGCAAUUGGUCCUGAUGAUGGUUCUUCAGUUGCUUAUGGACAUAUCCGCUCAAAAGUUUACCACUCACCGAGAUUAUGGUAUGUACGAGUAAAUGUGAUUGAGGCUCAGGACUUGGUUCUAUCUGACAAGUCCCGCUUCCCAGAUGCAUAUGCAAAAGUACAGAUUGGAAAUCAGAUUUUGAAGACAAAGCCAGUUCAGUCUCGAGUUAUGAACCCAAUGUGGAAUGAGGACCUGAUGUUUGUUGCCGCUGAACCCUUUGAUGACCAUCUGAUCAUUUCAAUUGAAGAUCGCGUAGGUCCAAGCAAGGAUGAGACCUUAGGAAAGGUUGCAAUACCACUGAACACUAUUGAGAAGCGUGCUGAUGAUCGAAAGAUCCGUGACCGGUGGUAUAACCUUGAAAAGCACAUGUCAGAUGCCAUGGAGGGGGAGCAGCGGAAGAAAGAUAAAGAUAAGUUUUUCAGUAGAAUCCAUCUCCGUGUUUGUCUUGAUGGAGGGUACCAUGUGCUUGAUGAGUCAACUCACUACAGUAGCGACCUUCGACCCACAGCUAAGCAGCUCUGGAAGUCAAAUAUUGGUGUGUUAGAACUUGGAAUUCUGAAUGCUGAAGGGCUACACCCAAUGAAAACAAGGGAUGGGAAGGGUACAUCAGACACAUAUUGUGUAGCAAAAUAUGGGCACAAAUGGGUUCGUACUCGAACCAUAAAUAACAGCCAAAGCCCGAAAUACAAUGAGCAGUACACUUGGGAGGUUUUUGACCCUGCCACAGUUCUCACGGUGGGGGUUUUCGAUAAUAGUCAGAUUGGUAAUCCAAAUGGCAGCGGAAAGGAUAUGAAAAUUGGCAAGGUCCGGAUUCGAAUCUCUACCCUUGAGACUGGCCGUGUCUACACACACAAUUACCCAUUACUAGUCCUUCAUCCUUCAGGUGUCAAAAAGAUGGGUGAAUUGCAUCUUGCAAUUAGAUUUUCAUGCACAUCACUGGUUAACAUGAUGUUCAAAUACUCUCGACCCCUUUUGCCGAAGAUGCAUUAUGUAAGGCCAUUGACUGUGGUGCAGCAAGAUAUGUUACGUUACCAAGCUGUCAACAUAGUGGCAGCUCGUCUUAGUCGGGCAGAACCACCUCUUAGGAAGGAAGUAGUUGAAUACAUGUCUGAUGCAGACUCUCAUCUUUGGAGCAUGAGGCGCAGCAAGGCAAACUUCUUCCGACUUAUGUCAGUUUUUUCGGGGUUGUUUGCUAUUGGAAAAUGGUUUGGAGAAGUAUGCAUGUGGAAAAACCCCAUCACAACAGCGCUUGUACAUGUUCUAUUCGUGAUGCUUGUGUGCUUCCCAGAACUGAUUUUGCCAACUGUUUUCCUAUACAUGUUUCUGAUAGGGAUUUGGAAUUGGAGGUAUCGCCCAAGGUACCCUCCUCACAUGAACACAAGGAUCUCAUAUGCAGAUGCUGUGCAUCCUGAUGAGCUUGAUGAAGAAUUCGACACAUUCCCAACAUCACGGGGUUCAGAUAUAGUUCGAAUGAGGUAUGAUCGCUUGAGGAGUGUUGCCGGAAGGAUUCAAACUGUGGUGGGUGAUGUUGCAACGCAAGGGGAGCGGCUUCAGGCACUUCUCAGUUGGCGUGAUCCUCGUGCCACUACUUUAUAUAUUACAUUCUGUCUUGUGGCUGCUAUUGUGUUGUAUGUGACGCCUUUCCAGGUUCUGGUUCUUCUUGGUGGGGUUUACUUGAUGAGGCACCCCAGGUUCAGGGGUAAGAUGCCAUCAGCCCCAGUUAACUUCUUCAGAAGGCUGCCAGCAAGGACAGAUAGUAUGUUGUAAACAGUCUAUUGAGAUGUGCUAAAGUUUGUCCUGCUAGUUUAUCGAUUUCGGAUUUGCACGGCAGUACUUGUAAAUCUUAUGGCGUACCUGCUGCUGUUCUGUUUAUUGUUUAUUUGGCCCAUGGAAGUUUGUAUAGAUGUUUGCAAACUGUUGGAAUCAAGGUUAGUGGUAAUGAUGUUUUGUUCUGUAUUUUCAAGCAUCUGCCAAUGGUGAAGGCAGCACAAUACUAUUGAUUUGCUCCAAUUAUGUUGGUAGAUGAAUUCAAAUCUUGCUUGGUAAAAUUUAUUUUAC